AUGAUUCACUGUUAUGCUGAUGAUUCACAAGUUUACAUCUCAUUUAGUCCGAACAACAGAGCUGAACAACUUGCUGUGGUGAGGAAUAUGGAAGACUGCAUCAGAGACAUUCAUUCUUGGAUGUUGAAUAAUGAUCUUAAAUUUAAUGACGACAAGACUGAAUUUCUCAUCAUUAGCUCAUCACAACAGCUGAAAAAGGUAUAUAAUAUCAGUAUACGUGUGGGUGACUGAGAUAUUCAUCCCGUGCCACUCGCGAGAAAUCUUGGUUGUUGGUUUGAUUCUAGGCUGUCCAUAGCAUCCAACAUCACAAAACUCUGUGCCUCUUCAUUUUACUAUACUUAUAAUAUUCGCCGGAUCAGAAAGUAUCUUUCACAGCAGUCAACUGAGAUACUUGUCCAUGCAUUCUUAAACCUGCGAUGAUCCCCCUUCACCAUUUCGCAAAGGAAGGUUUCAAAAUAACCUAUUGCUACUUUUUUAAUUCUUUCUUAAUUUCCCUGAUCUUCCCUUGUUUGGUUCCCUUAUCUCAGCAACAGGAUAACAAAAAGUAGACGAGGAGUUGAUUGAUGUUACUAUGGAGACAAAUGUUUGAAAUGAUUCAGGUAUGUCUUUUUAUCUUAUGCCAUACAGAAUACAUCCAAUCAGAGAGCUGGAAAUCUCUUGCAUGUUAAAUUCUACAGUAUGCAACGUAAAACUUUAAGAAAAAAUCUGCCACAAUGCUUGUGGCCUCCACACGUUCCCACUGUCAAAUAGGCAAAAUUUCUCAUUCUACAAAAAUUGCCAGACUCAAUUUUGAAACACCACCAAAAAAUUGACUUUCAGUCACCUCACGUAAAAAUGUAACGAAAUAUAGGUUAAACAGAUUGUAACGGUCAAAGAAGCAACAUUAACCUGUGAUGUUUUAAGGUUUCCUCAUUUACGUUAUUACAGACGUAAUAGUGGGACAUCUUCGUUUGCAAUACACUCUCGCCUAAAGGCGAGGGCGUAUAUCAAGUAUCAGUCCUAGGAUAUUUAACGCUACAGUAUUCGAAAGUUUUGAGCAACUUGUAAGUCGUCUCAAUACCUUGUAACUUGUACAGUUUUAUAAUACAAGGAAUUCUAAUCAUAAGUCUAUCACAGCAACAUUUCCGUGGUUUUAACCACCUAGAGCGAGCUUUACAUUUACAGUCAACAAAUAACCACCUGGCUUUUUCGGCUAAUGAUAACCCUUUAUUCUUUAGUACAUUUGGAAGCAUUACUGAAGAGAAACAGCAGCUGCAGGAAACUCGAGCAGCAUUUAGGGAAGACCAUGAAACAGAGAUUAAAAGGAUUGAGUUCACCAACAUCAAUUAA